AUGCCAUUGCGUAGCAGCUGGGAUCGACAAAUAAAUCCGGGUAUCAACCCAUAUGCUGGGGGCCGUCGCAGAAUUAAAAGACAACGUGGCGGUUCAAGCGUACCUAAUCCCGGCGAUAUAUUACAACAAGCCGUCGCAAACGCUGUGGUAAACGGUAAAAGAUAUGCCGCGAGACAAAUGAAAAGAGUAAAACAUAAAGCGGCAAGAGCAAAACGCAAAGACAGACGUAGCAGAAUACAACGCACGCGAACUGUAAAUCAAGAAGGGGGUGGUGUACGAAAACCCAUUAAUCACAUGCCUGUAGUUUAUCAAUAUCAUCAAUAA